AUGAGCCAGUCGGUCAGCAAUGCAGCCUGGCUGGGCGAGCUGCCACAGGAAUGUGGCGCGUUGAUCAUGGGAUUCCUUGAUGGAAAGGACCUGUGGGCCUUCGUCUCGUCCUCUAAACGCUGGCGCAAGAUCUCAGACGAGCUGUCCGUGUGGGAGAAGAAGUACGAGAAGCGCUUCGGCAAGAACGCUGCCGUCCCGCGCCACCUGCAGGACACCACCUCGUGGAUCGAGCGCUACCUCAAGCGGUUGCGCUACGAGACGAACUGGGCGACCAAGCACUUCGCACCGCGCUGCAUAUUCAACAGGGGCACUCACUGGUGGACGCCGGUGACGGUGUGCCCUAUUUCGUCGGUCAAGCUCCAGGGCAACACCAUGGUCACCGCUGCUCCUCCGUUCGGUGCCUACGAGUUUGUGGUGAAGGUGUGGGAUGUCGAGCGAGUGACAAGUACGAACACUCUCUUUGGCCACGACGGUCCCGUGCGCUGCGUGCAGUUCGACGACGAGAAGAUCAUCUCCGGAUCCGACGACCACGACGUGAAAUACUGGCGACUAGACACGGGCCGGUGUUUCAAGACCCUCUCGGGCCACACAGAGCGCGUGUGCGCGCUCCGCUUCGACCAGCAGAUCCUCGCCACCGCCUCGCAGGACUUGACCGUCAGGAUAUGGGCGUCUGCGAGUGGAGAGCACCUCUCGACGCUCACGGGCCACAACGGGUCGAUCUGGUGCCUGGACUUCGCAGGCGGCCUCCUGGUCACGGGCUCCGCCGAUCAGUCGGCUCGGGUGUGGGACAUCGAAACGGGCAAAUGCGUCGGCUCCAUCACCGGCCACGCCGCGUCCAUCGCAUCGCUGCAGUACGACCAGUCGCUCAACCUGCUGCUCACCGCUUCGCUGGACAAAGUCAUCAAGGCAUGGGACAUGAGGCAGGUGUCGCGGCCAUGCACGCGCACGUUCUCCGGACACGGAGGACCCGUGGGCUGCCUCCAGUUCGACGCCAACAAAGUUCUCUCCGGGUCGUCCGACGAAACCGUCAAGGUGACCUCUCCACCUCAAGCCGGUGGCUUCCGUGAAGUGCUCACACCUUCUUCCUCCAUUGACCAGGUGUGGGACAUGGGUUCGGGCAAGUGCCUGUCGACGCUGUCGCAGCAGAGCGCCGUGGCGUGCCUCCACUUUGUCGACCACAGGCUGGCCGUGGGCACAAGAUCCACCCUCACCAUCUUCGACUACAACCACUACUCCGACCUCUAG